AAUUGUUCAUGUUGAUCAUCACAAGGAUAAAUAUUUUGAGCAAAAGAUUUAGACCUAUCAGAUUUUCUUUUUUUCUCUUUUGUUUUUACUGAAUGCGAUUGAAAGAAUUGGCGAGGACCACGCCUUUUGGUUUCCAUUUUCCAGAGAAUAACAAAAAAGUCAAGACAGAAAAACCACCAUUGCUUAAAAGAGAAAGAUUCAGAUUAACCUCAUUUUACUCAACAUCAAUGGAUUCUCUCGUAAAAUCAGAAAUUAAGCAACAUGAUGAACGUAAAUCAAAACAACAAGAACAAGAACUCGAUUCGGUUACAGACAUGUUGAAAGGUCUAAGCUUUGGUCCAGUGACCAAUACAGGAUAUAUGCUAGAGUUACUCGAACUAAAAAAAGGCAUUCUAUCUACCAUCUCUCAACCUGAUCUCCUUUCCUCAGAUUUUGAUGAUCGUUAUGAACAAACAGUGAUACCCAAAGUGAAAGAAGAAGUCAAACCAUUGACAGACCAAGAAAACAAACUUGUCGAUAGUGUAUUCAAACUAGGGCAGCAUGGAACACUCUCAGAGUAUAAGAAUGCGACAGUCGAGUACAAGGAUAUAUACAAAUUACGUCCAGAGACAUGGUUAAAUGAUGAAAUUAUCAACUUUUAUUUUGCUCUUUUAGCAGAUCGUGCCAGCCAUGAUCCAUCUAUGCCAGCAAUACAUUGCUUCAGCACCUUCUUUUGCUCGACCUUGAGAGAACAAGGAUAUGCUAAAGUGAGACGAUGGACAAAGAGAGUCGAUAUUUUUACAAAAGACUUUUUGUUUGUGCCCAUCAACAAAUCCUAUCACUGGGUGCUUGGUGUCAUUGAUAUGAAAAAUAAAAAGAUAUCCAUCUAUGACUCAUUGCAUGGAAAAGAUGAUUAUACGUUGAAGCUUCUGCUGACGUACUUGGAAGAAGAGCAUUUGGAUAAAAAGAAGACGCCUUACGAUACAAGUGAUUGGACACUAGAGUCACCACAAAAUAUACCAAAGCAGGGAAAUGCAUACGAUUGUGGUGUAUUUACGUGUGCAUUUGCCGAAAGAAUAUCAAGACAGAAACCUUUGGACUUUACUCAAAACGAUAUGAACCUGAUCCGACGAAGAAUGGUGAUAAAUAUAUUAAAUAAACACUUAUAAAUAAAUCGCUCUUAUCUAGCCACAGACUGUCACAAUUUACACUAGGUGACAGAUUUGUGAGCCAGCCAAAAACUCAUUACUAAAAACAAUAUAAAAAUCUAUAAUUUGAUUCAUGUCAUCUAUUUAAGAGCUUGACAAG